AUGGGAAGUCUCAAGUUAUGGGUUUGUUUGGUGUUGCUAAUUCUAUUACUCAAAUUGACCUCGGUGCACCACUAUCAUCGAGGUUUGGUUGCGGAGGAGAGUGGUCGAGUCCGUGUGGAACAGAUUAGACGAGAGCUUUUUGAGAGGUUAAAAGAGGUGAAGGUGAGAUCAGAAGGCGAAGAGACGAUCCUUGGAAAUACUCUUGAUUCGAAGCGACUUAGUCCUGGCGGUCCUGACCCGAGGCAUCACUGACCUAG